AUGUUCUCAAGCAAAUUGUUCUUAGGCCUGACUGACCUUCUCUUAGGAAAAAUUCUCCCGCUUGUCCAUCCAUUAUAUGGGCAGCGAGUAACUGUCCAGUCAAGAACUGUCCGGCCAAAACGAUACCUCCCCAUUCGCAACGCCAAAACCAAGGCCCUCACCAAACUCAACGCGAUCACAAUCAUGGAAAUGUCUGGCUCCGCGAGCCCGACGCCCUUGCCCGAGAAGCGGAACUCAGUUGACCCAGAUACGGACAAAGACACCGUUAACCACAAAAACGAAGACACCAUCAUCGAUGAAGCCACCAUCAUCGAUGAAGACACCGUCAUCAAUGAAGACACCGUGAUGGGUAAAGACACCGUCAUCGACGAAGAUGCCGACACCGACACCUCCACCUCGACGAACCGCAUCCCUUUCGACAAGCGAGGCGCCUCCCCCAACCCGCCCAGGAUCGAAAAGCUCAGCUCCUCCGAAUACGGCAUUCAAGUUCCCAAGAAAGAGGAGACCUUGUACUUCGUCUUUCAAAACGUGCGGCUCCCGUGCAAGCCGGGAAAAUACCGAGUCCUGUUCGACGUGGUGGUGAACGAUUACCGGGACGAACAGGACAGAAAGUUCCCACACGAGGAUCUGUGGCCGGAGGGAGCAUAUCCGGGUGAGGAGGAGAUGGCGAGGUCGUCGUAUCGGUGCUAUCAAGCGGGCGUGUUGGAGUUUAAGCACGAGGUGGAGGUGAGGUAUCGUUCGAACUGGACAAGGCCCAUUGCUGUUUAUUUGGACUCGGAACAAUACGAUCUUAUCGAAUGCCUUUUCAGUGUGGGGGCCCUUUAUACUCCGAAGCGAUGGCGCGAGGAGAGGGAAUGGUUGGCGUCGCUCCGGAAACAGAAACAUUAUCAAACCCAAAUCAUCCAAGUCGUCCAAAUCCCAGCCCAUAUCCCGGCCCAUAUGCAAACCCCUACCCCAGCGCAAAUCCAAGAGCACUUCCAAGCCCUCCAGGCCCAUAUCCAAGCCCAAGCAGGGUUGACUCUACCCAACCAGUACUUGUCAGGCGUUGAAUCGUGUCCUUCCGAUACCUAUGAUUCAAGCCCUGAGGAGUAA